AUGGAGGUGCUCAGAACGCUGCCAGCAUCAUGGUUUACCAACCAGAAUGUCUAUGAUAUGGAGAAACGGGCUGUGUUCGAGAAAAGCUGGUUCCUCUUGGGUCCAGUAGUCCGUUUCGCAGAAGAGACAUCUGUGGAUUAUGAGUUUGCGGGUAUUGCACUCCAUGUGCAGAAAGCAGGCGAGGACAAUUUCCACGUUACAAGAAAAUCAGACGGCAGACCAGUUCCCCACUUCCUAACACCCACGGGCCUUCUGUUCACCGCUAUACAUCCAGACGCAGCUCCAAUCUUCGAGGAAUACUUCCCGCCGUCACUUCUGCCUUUACUUAACAAACAUGAUUUUCGCAAGCUACCACACCGUCGUAAGUUGUCAUAUCCAGGUGGCUUCAACUGGAAGACGAUGGUGGAUGGAUAUCAGGAAUGUCUGCAUUGUCAAUACACGCAUCGUGAAUUUAGUGCCAUGUAUCCGCCCACCUUUUACGCUGUUCAGAACGAAGGAAACAUCAGUCGACACUUUGCAGACGAGCGGCUCACGGAGGUCGACGACGGGCUCUUCUUGUUCUUCUUUCCUAUAUGCACCCUCAAUCGUUAUGCUGGUGGUAUGACCAGCUUCCGAGUGUGUCCAGGUGAGAAGGUGGGUGAGUCAAGGAUGGAAUUCGACUAUUACUACCUCAAUCAGAAGGCCAUUGACACUGUCAAUGCCAAGGCGGAAGAGCAAGGACGCCAGGCAGCAGAAGAGGAGAUAGAAAAGGCCGGUCUUGAGGGAUUUGAGGAAUACUAUCGCUUUGUCAGGCGUGUGGCAAUGGAGGAUUUUGAGCUUUGCGAAGUCGCACAGAGCAAUCUUGAAAGAGGGGUGUAUUGUCAAGGUGUGCUUAACAGUGCUAAAGAGAAUGGAGUGACACAUUAUCAGGGUUUAGUGAGGGAGAGGGUCAUGGUGCAAUUCAAGGCUGAGCAGGAAGAGAAGGAGAUGAAGUACAGGGUGGACCUUGCUGUCGGUGCUUCGCAGCAUGGCCAGGAUGUGGUAGAAGUCAUGACUUGA